CACCAUGUCCAUCAUACGUGCAUGUCGCCUGCCAACUAACUGAUUUUCACAUUUGUUUAACCAACAAAUGUUUUAUUGAUCGAUUCAUCACCAUCAUGUAUUUUUCUUUUAACUGCAGCGCCACCCCGUCUUAGAUUUAACCGUAAUGCGCCUGUCUGCUUAGGUUUUAAGCGGCAAAACAGAGCUAUUCCUCACCAGCAUUUUGAUACUAUUUUUCCGCCUUUCCGUGUGCAGCGGUCGUGUCGUUUUUCAUCGUGAAUUCGCCUCUUCACAGCGCUAUUGCUCAAUGUGGGAGCACGGGACUAUGUGAACAGGAUGCUCGCAGUGCGGUGCCUUGUGUUUGCUGCAGUGAGCGCGAGGUUUUCCGUGACAGGCGGUAGUGGCCAGUCUCUGGCGCGGGAUGCAAAUGUAUGGGACUGGGUUUUCCCGGAGAAAGAGCGGGGGGAGAGUAACUCGGUGGCUGAGGAAUUCGUCCACCCUCACCGGCUCUUGCUGCAGCGCGACUCAGAGGGGGAAACAGCCCACCCCCGCCUCGAUACCCGUCUGAGGGACACCCCAGACAGCGCAACGCCUGUCCAUCUGGCCCAAGGCAGUUUCCUGGUGGAGGCCUUUGGAAGCAACUUCAUCCUUGACCUGGAGCUAAACCAUGAUCUGCUGUCAGCAGACUAUGUGGAGCGACACUUUGAUGAGCAGGGAAAGCCUUUACAAUCUGUGGGAGGAGAGCACUGUUACUACCAUGGCAAGUUGAGAGGAGUUCCGGGCUCUUGGGCGGCUUUGUCAACAUGCCAUGGUCUAUACGGACUGUUUUCAGAUGGCCUCUACUCCUAUGGCAUCCAGCCAGUGGUCAACGGGAGCCACCAGGUUGAUGGAACCCACCGAAUUAGCAAGAUGCCCGAUGUCAGACUGCCACCCUCCUGCCCAGGUUGUACUCAGAAUGGCCAAGACAGCAACAUUUACAGAGAAGAAGAAGAAGAAGAAGAAGAUGGUUACUAUGGUGACAGUCUCGACACUCAAAAAAGGGCAGAACACACUGACGGUCUGAAACGCUCCAAGAGAAGGGCAUGGAGGCCCAGGGUCCAGACCGAGACCAAGUACAUCGAGCUCAUGGUUAUCAAUGACUAUGAAAUGUUUGUGCUGAUGAAACGCUCCACGGCUCAGACGAGGAACUUUGCUAAAGCGGUGGUGAACAUGGCCGACGCGAUAUACAAGGAGCAGCUCAACACCCGCAUCGUGCUGGUUGCCAUGGAGACGUGGUCGUCGGGGAACCCGGUUCCCGUGGAGGUGGACCCGCUGGUGACGCUGGAGAACUUCAUGAAGUACCGCAGGGAGAGCGUGCGGGAGGAGGCCGACGUGGUGCACCUGUUCUCGGGAACCACGUUCCAGAGCAGCCGCAGUGGAACAGCUUUUUCAGGGGGGGUGUGUUCUCUCACCAGAGGAGGGGGCAUCAACGAGUAUGGGAAUGUGUCCCCCAUGGCCAUCACUCUUUGCCAGAGUUUGGGCCAGAACCUUGGCAUGAGAUGGAACAACAUCCGCAGCUCUGCAGGUGACUGCAAGUGUCCAGACGACUGGCUGGGCUGCAUCAUGGAGGACACUGGCUAUUACCUCCCACGGAAGUUCUCUCGCUGUAGCUUGGAUGAGUACAUGCAGUUUCUGCUCCAGGGGGGAGGGAGCUGCCUCUUCAACAAGCCCAGCAAGCUCCUGGACCCUUCCGAGUGUGGCAAUGGGUUUGUGGAGCAAGGAGAAGAGUGUGACUGCGGCUCCCAAGUGGAGUGUGCCCGCAGUGGAGGGGCCUGCUGUAAGAAGUGCACUCUGACCCAUGAUGCCAUGUGUAGUAAUGGCCUGUGCUGCCGAGAGUGCAGGUAUGAGCUGAGGGGUGCUGUGUGCAGGGACGCGGUGAAUGAUUGCGACAUCCCGGAGACUUGUGCAGGGGACUCCAGUCAGUGUCCACACAACGUGCACAAGUUGGAUGGAUACAUGUGUGACAGCAACCAGGGACGGUGCUAUAAUGGCCGCUGUCGGACGUUAGAUGGACAGUGCAGAGGCCUGUGGGGCUUCAACGCUGCUGACCGGUUCUGCUAUGAGAAGCUGAAUGCGGAGGGCACAGAGAAGGGCAACUGUGGACGCAGCCCUGGAGGACAAGGGUGGACGCAGUGCAACAAACCGGAUGUGUUGUGUGGCUUCCUGUUCUGCUCCAACAUGACAGAGAAGCCCAAGUUCGGAGACCUGCAGGGCGAGGUCACCAGCCUGACCAUCUACCACCAGAGCAAGUACCUGGACUGCCGUGGAGGGCAUGCGGUGUUAGCGGACGGGUCAGACCUGGGCUAUGUGGAGGACGGGACGCCCUGCGGGCCCAACAUGAUGUGCCUGGAGCGACGCUGCCUCCCACUGACCGCAUUCAACCUCAGCACCUGCUCUGGGUCCAACUACGGACACAUCUGCUCUGACCACGGGACCUGCAGUAAUGAGGUGAAGUGCAUCUGUGAUAGAGACUACACAGGGAAGGACUGCAGUGUGUUUGACCCCAUCCCAGACCCUACCAAUCCGCCAGGCCCAGAUAAGAAAGGUCCCAGUGGUACCAAUAUAAUCAUAGGCUCCAUCGCGGGGGCUAUUCUCCUGGCAGCUAUAGUCCUGGGGGGGACAGGCUGGGGAUUUAAGAAUAUCCGAAGAGGAAGGUAUGACUCCACUGCUUCACAGGCCAUUGAGCAGCUCUUUGCCCCGACCCCUAAUGCCAGGAAGCAAUAGAUGGGUCCAGUAACCCUCAGAACACAUACCUCAACCAGCAUCAGUAGCACUCCCUGAAAUCACCCAGAGUCUGUCCAUCUCAUGGUUCAAUUCAUCGUUCAAUACAGACACUUAUUCACAAACCUGUACUCCAGCGAACAACAGAAGAAAAGAACUGCUUUAAAUACUUAACAUAGUUUAUUUAAAACAUGUAUGUAAUCAGUCAGAACUCUCUGGAACAGUUUUUGCUUCAUGGCCUGUAGUCACAAAAUACUGAUUUCAUCUGCCACUUAAAACGAGUUGAUGGUUGGGACAAAUAUAGCAUUAGAUGGUAGACUUUUACUCUCUGAUCUGCAGCCAUGAACUCUGGCAGUAGGAUGCAUGAGGUCAGCCUCCCUGUGUGCUGUCUUCCCUCUCCAGCUCCACUGUUUCCACUUGUUCUGAACUACUGGUACGUUUCCUUCUGCCUCUCUUACACUCUCCUUCUCUCCCACAGAUCUGGAGGAGCCUAAGACCCCUCUCUUCCUCUCUCUGUCGUCUCUGUUUGCCAUCCACUGGCCUGUCUGUCUGUCUGUCUGCUGCGUCUUCCUCAUAACCACGUCCUUUCCACCUCGGAGAAGAACAAGUCUUCCAUCCCUGGCCUACCCCUUUAAGAACACUAGACUCUUCUGCUUCCAGUCUUUCGUCCUCUGAUUGGUCCUGGUUUCUUGUCCGUCUGUCUGUAAUGGCUUCUCUUACGGGGAAGUGGAGCAGUUCCUCCCAUUAUCUUCCAACCAAUCACGUCUCUUCAGGUGGCCGUCCGUCACCGGAUUGACAACAUGAUAGUCAUUCCCAGAAAGAGAAGGGGUGAGACAGCUAUUUGCAGACAGCUAUGAGUGAGUGAGUGAGAGUGUGUGUGUGAUUGAUUCCCUCACUGUAUCAUUUCUGCAUCUUCCAAGCCUGAAUUUCCAGUAAGGAAAGCAUUAAUGAUGAACCGUACGGAUAUCAUGUUUGGAAAAGUGUUUCCAAAUGCCAUUGGGCCUUUGGUCUCUGGCUCCUAUGAUGAGAGCUGGCUUGAAGCUGACCAGAGGAGCCUCCAUGGGACCAAGUCUUGACAUUGAUCAUGAAAACAUGCAUGAUUGAAUGCACUUUUUGGGUGUUUUCACGUGGAGCGUAGAGGUCCUCCUCUCCAUGUUUGGGAGGGCCAUUUUGUGUCUGACAUGAGGAUGUAAUGCAUGCAUUUAGGCAACCAAUUAGAAGAAAAGAGGAUCACCAUGACAACAUGGUUGUUUUGGUUGAAGAAAAACAAAAACCUCUCUUCCCAAAGAAACAAACUUAACCAUUAGCAGGACCAUGUGCAAAAGAAAGUUUUUUGGAGAAACUCCAAAAUAUCUGACAUAUCUGCCAGGUGUAGUUCAAAAAGUGUGUGUGUGUGUGUGUGUGUGUGUGUGUGUGUGUGUGUGUGUGUGUGUGUGUGUGUGUGUGUGUGUGUGUGUGUGUGUGAGAGAGUGUGUGUGUGUGUGAGAGAGAAAUCAUGUGCAAUCAGGUUAGAAGAUGAAGGACAGUGUCCUGAAUUAUUUUGGUUUUGGGAUAAUUUUGUCACUCCUGCCAGUUUUGGUGACAACCUUAUUGAAGGGCAGGGACCACGUCAGUAUGCUGAGAACCGUAGAGAAGAUACAUUCCACGUUUAGACUCUUCAGUAGUAUGAAAAAAUACUCCUUCCACUGUAUGUUCCAAAAAAUGAAACAUUUUAAAGGGGCCUCAAUGCCUUAGAUUAACUGUCAAGUGUUUAUGUGUGUGUGUGUGUGUGUGGGAGAGCAAAUGUGUGUGAGGGUAUGUGUGCAUGUUUGUGUGGAAAGGUUGACGCACAGGUUGAUUAUGUAUAGAUGUUCAUUUAAGUAAUAUGUUGUGCUGUAGAUCUGUCAGUUUUAGACUUUUAGCAAGAGGGCGUUGUAGCUCAAACUGGACAUGCUUGAGGCCGUGUGCUACUACUGGCUAGUUCCACUAGGGGGAGCUACUGAGGUUGUGUAGGGGUGAUCGGCCAUUGCCUCCACCAUGGCAUUGGGGAACGGUAUCACCUGCACCAAGCCUGGGAAUGUGUUCCGUGAACAGUCAAUGCUUUCAGUAUGGCCACCGUAACCAGUUAGUGCUGUCAGCAGAGGGCCACAGUCCAGCAGUUGAUGAUGGACUAUGCUGACGCCAUUGACCAGUCACAGAGGCCAUUCUGGUGGCAUUGACCAGUCACAGUGGCCAUUCUGGUGGCAUUAACCAAUCAUGGAGCAGGCUCUGGCUUCAAAAAUGAGCAGUCUGAGCUACAACUACUUCUGCUUUUAGCAGCACACAAAGAAGAGAAAACAUGUUUCCUGUGAUGCAAACAACAUACAAAGAGCACUAUGUGUGCUCACUCAUAUGCACUUGUAGAUACCUACAUUUGCAAGAUAUAUGUGAGAUACGUGUGAAUAUCUGUUGAUAAUCUAUGAAUUUUAAAAUGUUAUAUUGGUGCAAUUUAUUUCAGAAAAUGGAUUAAUCAUUUACCUCAUGAAUCAUAUCUAUCUAUCUAUC